GUGCGACCAUUUUGCCUUUCUCAUCCAAACUCAAAGUUGUAUUCUCAGCCGUAUUCUUGCAAAUAAUUUCCUAAAUAACUUUCAAAUGGCAUACUCAAAGGGUUUACUGCUUGCCCUAUUAGCAGCUACUCUUCUCACUUCUUCUGAGGUCUUUGCUCGUGAGUUAGCUGAGACUUCUACCAACGAACAAACUCAGUCCGUGGAAGAGUCUAAACAUGGACACUACGGACAUGGUUCCUAUGGACAUGGCUCUUACGGACACGGAAGUUAUGGUCACGGGGGACACGGCGGCCACUACCCACCCAAGGAAGAGGAAGAUAAGGAUCAAAAGAAUGAUGCCGUAGAACCUCAACACUAUGGUCACGGCGGAUACGGUGGUGAUGGCUAUGGUCAUGGUGGAUAUGGCGGCGGCGGCUAUGGUCACGGUGGAUACGGUGGUGGUGGCUAUGGCCAUGGAGGUUAUGGUCAUGGUGGUUAUGGACACGGAGGUUAUGGCCAUGGCGGUUAUGGACACAGUGGAUAUGGCCAUGGCGGUUAUGGACACGGUGGAUAUGGUGGUCACUACCCACCUAAGGAGACAAAGACUACCGAGGAGCAAAAGGGUAACUAAAUACGUUAAGGCUUUAAAGGAAAUAAAUUGUAUGUGUAUUACACUAGUUAUAUUAUAUAUUAAAAGGACGUGGUUGUUGGAAACUAAGGUUGUUUCUUAUUAUGUUGUUAGAGUAAAACUUUGAUGAAAUGAUUAUCAAAUCAUAUACUCUAAUAAAUGUUACGUCGUAUCAUUAUAUAAUAUAAUGUUGUGAUUCUCUCUUAUGUUAAA